GCCCUUAAAGGAAUGCGAGUAAAUUACUUCCUUGUAGCAGCAGGGUGGAGACUUGGAAGUGUAGACCUAUUUCAGUAAUUCUUACUUCUCUGUUUACAUGGAAGAAAAUUACAAAGCAGCAAGAAAUUUUAAUUCAAAAGUCAGCGCUUCACACCAGAAGGAAUGUGGUUAAAUUACUUCCUUGUAGCAGCAGGCUGGAGACUUAGAGGUGUAGACCUAUUUCAGUAAUUCUUACUUCCCUGUUUCCGCGGAAGAAAAUCACAAAGCAGCAAGACAUUUUAAUUCAAAGUCAGCUCUUCACACCAGAAGCAAAAAUGCUUUAUACAGAGUUACUGCAAUUGUGGAAUGAAUCUGUGCAUGCAAUGGAUAACAAGGACUGGCAAGGAGCUCUGGAAAAGCUGGACCAGAUCACUGAACCAACAUAUCGUACUCUCUUCAAUGCUGCAUCAGCACACAUUUGUCUGGGGCAGCUGGAUGCUGCCCUUCUGGCUUUAGAUCUCACAAUUGUCAAGGAUCAACAUCUCGCAGUUGCAUUCUUCCAGAGAGCAGCGGUAAUGAUGCAGCUUGACAGGUUGGACGAGGCUCUGUCUGACUGUGUCUGGGCACAGACACACUUGAGAGGAAAUAUGGUCAUUGACUAUAGACAACUUGGGCUGCGUUAUAAACUCUACAGCUGGCAGGUGUUACAUAAUGCAGCAGCUGUGUACUGCCGAAUGGACCAGUGGGAUCAAGCCAGAGAUAUUCUCAUCUCACAAACUCAAGGGGGGAAUUUAGAAAUGGCUUUGGACAGUGUCCUGAGAAAGGAAACCCUUGCACCUCUCAAUGUACCUGAGGGCGUGGUGUUUCGUCCCAGGAAAAAGGAUGUGGAUCAACUCAAGCAGAGAGACUUCUUAGGAAAAUCAAAGGUCAUUUCAUCCAUGAUUCCCAACGAUGAUUUUGGCGGAUUUGAACCUCUCAGGUUACAGAAACCUGGUUAUUAUCAACCCAAAGUAGAUGGUGCUAAGGAGUGCCGCUACAUGUGUAUGACAGUCCCUUACAUGGCUCGAGGCCCAGGCCACUUGACAGUGCCAGGCGGUUCUAAGAUAUUUUUAUAUGAAGAUCAGGACAAGGACGGGAUGGCAACUGUCAUAUAUGAUGGACAGAGAGGACUUGUGCCAAUGUCUCUGCUCAAGCCGGCAGAUAUCAAGAUGACCACAGGCAAAACUGAGAGUACACUUGCUACUGGGAUUCCCCUCCCUCCUGGUCUGAAGCCACCCUCUCGUCCACAAAAUUGGUCUCGAACAGCAGCUACUAGUUGGGGAGGACAGUUUUCUUCAGAAACACCACCUCCAUCCUACUCAACUGCUACCCAUACUGAACUGCCAGCCCCAGACCCUCCUAAGUACACAGCCAGUUCAGCCAGCAGUAAAGAUGUCACCUCAGUCCAAGAAGUAGAAACAGACUCUGUGGUUGUAAAAGUUCGCUAUACAUACACCAUGGCACUGUCAGUACCUUCAAAUGCAUCAUACCAUGAACUGAAGGAAGAAAUUGCUCAACAAUUGGACCAGCCAGCAUCUUCUCUGCGCCUCAGACAUAGGAAGCAUGGCUCUCGGGUACUUGUACCUCUUGAAUGGGAAUUAGAGCCAGGGAGGACCAUACAAGAGUUCUCGGAGUCUGGCAAAACAACUUUGUGGUGUCAGGCAGAAGACUCUCUGCGCAACCAUACCAUCCUCUACCAAAUGGUGGCACUAUAUGAUUAUGCUGCUCAGGGUCAAGAGGAUUUGGAGUUCAGCGAAGGGGAUACCAUUGACAUCCUUUGUGAAGUAAACGACGAGUGGUUGGAGGGACAUUGUGCAGGGAGAAUAGGCAUCUUCCCCAGCAGCUUUGCCAUGAGGGAAAAUGAAAUCUUGUGAUGUCUUGAGUUUUAAAAAUUGAGCUGUGCUGAAUAAUAUUUCUUUCAGUUCAAAUCAGUGUCAUUACACCCUUCAGUUCAACCGUGCAAAACACUGUUUCUCUUUUGUUUUCUUUUUUCCUUUUACUUUUUUUAAACCACUAAGAUGGCGCAAUAUAAUGGGUGUCCUUUAAGUAUGUUCUAAUUUGUCUGUUUUUGUUUGUUAAUCACACAAAAAUGUAAUCUUACACCCUAAACACCAAGAUUACCACGCCUAGAACCUAAGAGGGAAGCAAAUUGGCAUGUGUCAUAAUAUUAAUUGAAUUUGUGAGCUGUUCCAUGUUCAGAGUUCGAUGUCAAGUUAUUAUAAAUAAGCACAGCUUCCCUACUUGAAAAAUAUUCAUUUGUCCACACAA